CUUGGCUUAUUGCCUGAGUACAGGAAGUUGAAGCGGAAAGAGACCCGACCGCUCGGCCACCGUGGACUGAUAUGGCUAAAGCGCGGUAUUGUUUUGAGAGUAAAUUUACGAUGCUUUGAUUGUGACACAUCGAGGAACUGUGCUUCAGCCGACAGAGAAAGUCAUCAUUGCCGAGGCAUCUAGGGAGUGCAAAGCAAAUAAAAGAAAGAAGAAGAAAAAACGAUAAAAAAACUUAAAACAAGGUGCCGUCGCAAAUGUCAUGGGUUCCGCUGAGGUUUCGCCCGAAGAAGAUUACUCACUACAGUGGAGUUCCGGGUGCCGGAGCAUCGGCCACGGCCGGUGGUGGCGGCGGCGGAGGCGGCACCACCCGGGGUGGCGGCAGCAGCAUGUACUCCGCCCGUCACUCGGUUAGUUCGUCGUCCGGCGUCCUGAUGGUCGGGCCGAACUUUCGAGUCGGCAAAAAGAUCGGCUGUGGCAACUUUGGCGAACUGAGGCUGGGGAAGAACCUAUACAACAAUGAACACGUAGCAAUAAAAAUGGAGCCAAUGAAAUCAAAAGCACCACAACUGCACUUAGAGUAUAGGUUUUACAAAUUACUAGGAUCCCAUGAUACACAGUCUCCUCCCGAGGGGAUACCCCGUGUGUAUCACCUAGGUACGUGUGGUGGCCGUUACAAUGCAAUGGUACUAGAACUGUUGGGACCAUCGUUAGAAGAUCUUUUUACGUUAUGUGGAAGGAAAUUUUCACUCAAGACUGUACUGAUGAUAGCUAAGCAACUACUCCAUAGGAUCGAGUAUGUGCAUAGCCGUCACUUAAUUUAUAGAGAUGUAAAACCAGAGAAUUUUCUUAUCGGUAGAAGUUCAAAUAAACGUGAUAAAAUUAUACAUAUAAUAGAUUUUGGUCUCGCCAAAGAGUAUAUUGACUUAGAUACGAAUAAACACAUACCAUAUCGAGAACAUAAGUCGCUAACGGGCACGGCGCGGUACAUGUCGAUCAACACGCAUAUGGGCAAGGAGCAGUCCAGGCGUGACGACCUGGAAGCGCUCGGUCACAUGUUUAUGUAUUUCUUAAGAGGUUCACUGCCAUGGCAAGGUCUGAAAGCCGAUACACUCAAAGAGCGAUACCAAAAAAUUGGUGAUACGAAACGGGCGACACCGAUCGAUGUGCUGUGCGAGGGACACCCUGAGGAAUUUGCAAAAUACCUGCGUUACGUGCGGCGGCUAGACUUUUUCGAAACACCUGAUUACGAUCACUUACGGAGAUUAUUUCAAGAUUUAUUCUAUUUUAAAGGUUAUGUAGACGACGGUGAAUUCGAUUGGACCGGCAAGACGAUGCCGGUAAAUUUCUACGUCAUGCGACAGUUGCGAAACGCUCCACCGUCUCAUAUUGCAAAGACAAAAUCAGCGAAGUCAACCCCAGUUGGAUCGUUGCAGACCGGCCAUGAAGUAGUUGUAUCACCAAACAGAGAAAGACACACACCUGUAAAUAAGGAUGGGGAUUUUUUUAGCUACUAUGACGAAGAGCUACUGAACGACGAAACAUUACAGAUUAUCGAAGAGCAGACGAACUCGAAGGGAGGUGUUGCCGCCUGGCCGGACGUGCCCAAACAGACUGGAACACUGGGCAACCUAACGCCAGCCGACCGACAUGGUUCAGUUCAGGUCGUAAGUUCAACCAACGGAGAAUUGAAUGCCGAUGAUCCCACAGCAGGACAUUCGAAUACACCCAUCACUCAGCAGCCGGAAGUGGAACUGAUCGACGAAACAAAAUGUUGUUGUUUCUUUAAACGAAAGAAGAAGAAAUCAUCCCGUCAAAAAUGACUAGAAGCAGUGCAAUGUAGUCCGGAACGUGAGGCUGUCAAGCUGCUACGAGCAACGUCACACUCCAACUCGCGCGACAGCGUGCUGAAUCCAAGUCAGGAUUACAUCCAAGCGUCGUCGCAGCAUACGAUCAGAUAUCCAUCCACCUCUGUACUGGCAUCGACACCGAACGCCACCACGCCGACACUUCCAUUGUAAUUUAUUGCUAACUAUUAUUAUACUAAUCCAGAUUAAUAAUUAAUUAAUUAUUAAAUUAUUUAUUAUAAUUUACCGCGCGGUGUUGCAUCCCACGAAAAACAAAAAUGAAACGCGAAAAUCAUCUUCUGUUUACGACCAUGAUCCUAUGACAAACAAAUACGCUAUUUUGUCGCGUAUCCCGGUUCUGUCCGCCUACCGUCGUUCGUCGUCAAACGCGUCAUUAUCGCAAACCAAACAAAAAUAACGAAUCAAUCAAAAAUCCAAUCAAUUCGAUUUCAACCAAUCGCCACACGUGUCAUCCCUGAACCAAAUCGAAACAAAACAAAAAAACGACGUGUAGUGACUUUGAUGAUGAUAUUGAUUUCGACCCCGAUGACCUUACGAUCCUGUUGCACUUUUUCCGCAAACUCUGAGACCGGCUUUCGAUCUCCCAGGCGAGAUCCUCCUGCAGACGACUGCUACUAUCGGCCACUAACUAUCCGAUUCUCAGUAGCUCUAGUACAUCACCAUAUCAGCUGAAUGCAUUUCACUGUCAAUUCUACUACUACUACUGCUAUCACCACUUUUACGAACCUAGAACAGAGUACAACAGAACAACUGGUCACCAGCAACACCACCACUACCACCACAUCUUUUAUUACGUUAUCCUUUUAGUAGUACCACCACCCAAGAAUUAGUCGAAAUGAGAAACAAAAAUAAAACAAAAAUCCCCUCCUAGAAGUAGUUCAGGCAUACCGAACAGACCGCGAGAACGAGAACCGAACAUUGUAAUAGAUAGACAACAUUCCACUUCCACUCCCCAGUCACUUGUUGGUGCCACACGCCCGCGCCAUGGGACAUUAAUUGGGCAUUUCACUCAAACCCACAUAACAGACUGAUCCGGACGGGUGCGUGCGUGGUUUGCGCCUGCUACUACUCGGGAACUAGGAACAUGUAGCUAGACAAACACAGCUCACACCGCCUUAAAACUCCUCUCUGUUGCUAAUCUACUCUACUACCUCCCUAUCUAUCUGUCUAUCUAUCUAUAUUUCUUUCUAUCCGGCAAUCAGUUGUCGAAUCAAACGCGAACCAGUUGAAAAAAAAAAAACCAAAAAACAAAACCGAAAAAAAGAUGCUCGGUCGUAGCAGGAGCCGUUUUGUCUGCGCCACUCCUAAUUAUACCAGUAUGUACGACGGGAUCAGUAAUUUUUGGAGCAUUUCGACCGGUUCUAAUACCGCUGCAAACGCCCCUUUCUUUUGGUUCGAUUUGCAACUUUUUUGCCGCAAUAUCAUUUUUGAACAACGCCGGCCAUUUCGAUUUAAAAGUUGGAGAGUGUUUAGACCCCUUACCCUCCCCCCCCCAUCUUGUAUGCAUUUAUGCUGUACUGUUGUACAACGGCAGCUUAACACUGGAGACUUUUUCUUCUACAUGAGAGUAUUUGUUUUUUGAACUGCUAACAUACUCAACAAAUAAUACGCCGCCCCCAACCACCCUUACAUUUUUCCUCCUCAACAAAGGUGAUGCCGCCGGGAAAACUAACCCAACACCCUCUCCGUGUUUCCUUCCAACCGGCGACCGCGGCGAUUUUACACGUCGUCGUCAUAAGAUGUUAUACCAACCUAACACGAAUCAGUCAUUUUGUUUAGCUAAGUGUUGAAGAAAAACUAGGACGAAAACAAAAAAUCUCUCGUGAGCAUAACGCGAAGGCAGCAUACUGUUUUCAUAUUUUUCCCCCUCGUUAAUUUUUUUUUCUUUUUCGUUAAGAAAUCUAACCGAAUAAGAAAAAAGAAACAAGAUAAAACACUACUAACUAGUUGAUAGUCGUUACUUUACUUUCCUUUUAUAAAGUGUACUGUAUGUAUGUUUUGUUUUUUUUUUAAACGGCCCAGCAAAGAAAACAUUUAAAAGAGAGGAACAAAGAUGAAGAAAAAAGAAAAACAAUCGUGUGAUGAAGCACGCACUACAGCAUAGCAAAAACCAAUCGCUGUCAAAUUAGUUUGUGAGUAAAAAUGAGCUCGAGAGUAGUGAGAAGUGUAGAAAUCAAUAAGAGAAAAAAUCAAAAACACACUCACACACACACACGCGGGAGAUGUGCGGAGAUAGAGAGAGCACUGUCUGAGGGUGUUGAUUUUGUUCUUUUCUUUUUUCGUUUAAUCUAAUUGUGAUAUAAAUAGUUUCUUUUGUAUAGUGUAUAUUUUUACAGCGUACCAUUUAAGAAGUAUUUAAGUCAGCAAGAAACUACUAGACUAGCUAAAAACGAAAUGAAAACGUAAAUGAUGAAGUGUAUGAGAGAAAAGAAAGUGUGUGCAAAAGUAAAAUGAGCAAAAAAAAAAACGCGACAGAAAGAGAGCAAAGAAAAGAGAGUGUGAGAAAAUGAGAGACAAAAAUAAAAAAACGACUGUAGUAGUUAUAUAACUUUUUGGUUUUGCUUUCGUUGCUAUUUUGUUUGUUUGAUUUCACAUCCUUUUGGGUUUGCUUGCUUUUCGAAACAUUUUUAGAGGGAAAUAUUUUUGGCUUCCGUAUUUAGGAACCCGCGCGGCAGUUAGUGCAGUACCGAAGCUAUUUGUCUGCAAUAUUUUUUAUUUGAGGACGUUCUAUCCUUUGUUCAAUAUAUGUCUCCUUUUAAGGACGAACUUUUUUUUACUUAGAGUAGUAAAAAUGAGUUUUCCACACCUGAGUACUACAGUAUUCGUGAGCAAACUGUCAAAAAAUUGAAUACUAAAUUGUGGUACGGAAAAAAGGAUUAAACAAAAAUAUGUGUAAAUCGGUCAUUUCUUUCAUUAUAUCAUGUUUCUUUUUCAAAUUUACUCCUACAGAAUGAGGGAAAAAUAUUGGCUCAAGCUUCCUUUAUAGCAAAUGCAAAUUUCCGGACCUUUCUCUGGACUCCAUUUAUCAAGUUUAGUACAGCAUUCUUGGUCACUUUGUUUGCCGCAGAACGCCAGUUAGCCUUGAACUGCAUCUCGUUGCCAACUGUCUUUUGUGUCUUCUUGAGGUCUCACUUGACGAUAGCCCUGUAUUUUUCUAUAGGGCGGAGCUCUGGUUUGUUAGGAGUAGGGUUUAUAUCCUUUGGCACCAUCUGAACGUUGUUCGCCUUUCUGACCUUUUUCCCGUAGUGGAACGAAACAACUGUGUUGCUCGAGAGAUGGCGACAGACGUUAUUUCAGGCACUCCUGUCCAUAAAUUACUUGAUUGCUGGAACCUUUCGCGAUGAACAUGUUGCUCUUCAAACCACAAGAACAGAUGGCCUGUCACAUGAGAUAUUUCUCUACAAACUUCGACAGAUUAAAGUUUGUUUAUUGCUUCCAGUGGCCGUAUAACUUUUGCAGUAGAAAAUUCUUUUACUUUUUUCGGAAAGUGUUAAAAAAUAACUAAGACAGAUAAUUGAGUUUGAUCUAUUUCCAGAGAAAGGUAAUCAUGUCAGCUUACUUCCCAAAAAACUUUACGCCCCUGCGAGCGGCCUUCCGGGAAUAAAACGGCAUAUUCGCCAUGGCGUACGAAAUCAUGCUUGUAAGCAUAUUUUUGAGUUCUUUAUUCGUUUUAUUCAUCAAUUCCUCCUCAAUUUCUCGCGACAAAAUUGUUGAAGUAGACUUACGCUUGUUUUUCCCAGAAAUCCUCGAUAGGACGCAACUUGGGGACGUUGGGCGGGUUAGAUAUUAGAUAUUCAGCCGCUCCAUCUCCUCCAACGAUCGCUUCGAGUAGUAACCCGACGCCAGAUCUGGUCAGACGCCGUGUCUUCGCCCUUAUGGCACGUCUUGAUGAACGGCGCAACUUCCGGCAGGCACUUCGUACUAUAAAUUUUCCAGUUCACGGCCAGUCUGGAGUAAAAAGAGAGCGGCUUUGACAUCACGCAGCACCCUCUCACUUCACCUCGGUGCUCACUUCAUUCGCGGGGGAAGUAAAAUACGAAGUACCUUGCCAGUCGUUGCCAUCCAGGGUGAGACAGGUCUCAUCGUCCAGCACCACCGCAACGUUGCGAUUUGUCAGGAAAAUCGACUUGGCGUCAUUUGGCCGAUUGCAUCUACCUCCCGGCCAAGCGCACGCAGCGAUGUUGCUAGUUUUCCCUCGGUCUUCCUCUUCAGCAUGCUUUGGGGCUUCUUGUCGCUCAGAGUCGUCGGCCGUCCGGAACCGAGCUUUCGUUGCUAUGAUUGUUUUCCAAUAGUGCCAAGAUGUUGUAGAUGCCGGAAUGGCCGUAUCCGACGUCCAGCAUCUUCACGUACAGUUUCGCGAUUGUUUUGAUUAUCGUCACGAUUUAGAGUCACCACCUUGAAACUGCUGACAAACUCUUUCCGUCGUUUUUAUUGUCGUUGAUAUUGUCUCCCUGGCAUUCGACAAACGUCCAAAUACUUUAUUUACGUUAGUGACGGUUGAUUUGGUCACGUUCAACAAUUUUGCCAACUUGGUGUGCCAGUAGUUCUGAUUUUCACGAUGCGCGAGAACAGUUUUGAUGUGUUGGCUUCAAUUGCUACGACGCCAUUUUCACAACUGAAGAGCGAAUGUUAAAAUCAAACAUAAGGCAUGAUACUAUACACACACAUUAGGGUGCCAAUAAAAAUCGACUUUUCGAAUUUCGCUUACAAGUAGUACUUAAAAGUUUUCUCGAGAAGAGUACCCAUGCUGUAUUUCAGUUCAAUCGGUCAAAAGCACAGGAAGUAGUAGGGUGUGGGACUAGUUCGUCAGGGGUUUUCUUCGUCAUAAUUUUUGCUUCAUUCUUAUGAGAAAUGACGAAGAAAACCUCUGCAGAAGUAGUCCCACACCCUACCUGAAAUUGUCGAUGUCGAAUGUUUUUUUAUGCCAAAUGUCUGGAAAAUGCAUGAAAAGUUGAGAUCUGGUGUCAUCUCGAAAAAAAAUCGGGGAAAAUCAACUUUCUGAAGACAAUUGACAGACAACAACAAUUGAGGGGUUAUAUACCUUUUUGCUCGAGAAAAAAGUGCAUAGUUUGGAUUUUUUUUAAGCGUGUAGCACCUUUUUUAUUGCUUAAAAGUAGUAAUUUUCUUAAAGUUCAGUUAUUCAACAACAACAAAACACGUUUGUUCAUUAGAAACACCAAUUAUUUGGGGAGCAAAGGCUGUUUCUCCAAAACAAUUUUUCAGCAAACUGUUUGAAAAAACUGUUUUGAGCGCUUUAAAAUUGCAUUAAAAUUUAUUUUGGCAAAGUCAAACUUCGUGUAUCAAAAAUCGAUCGUUCAACGACCGAAGCAUUCCAUAACGAACAUUUAAAAAAAAAAAAGAUAAAGAAAAUCGGUUGAGUAGUUUCACCGCAAUCGUAAAUACGGCAAAGUCGUUUUUUGAGAAACACCAUAUCGAAAUAAACGCGUAUAAAGUUUAGCUCAUGCGGCCGUGGCGAUGCGCGCUGCAAAUCUUUAUGAAAAUUUCCAAAAAUGUUCUCAAGAAGUUGUACUUCGAGAUAAUGCAAUAAAAAAAAAUCGAUUUUUUGGAAACUGAAAAGGUAUAUGAAGCCCUUUUGUCAUUUAAUUUUUUUUCAUAUCAGAAAAUUUGCCUUUAUUAUUUCUUGUUUCUUCGUGAUCGGACAGCCUGCAUUGUUUAGCUAGCUUUCAGAAGUUUUUAUUAAAAAGGUAGGAUUUAAAAUAAUAGCUUCUUGUGAUGAUUAAAUUUUUAUUUUUUCAAUUUUUUUCCUGAAAGAAGUUGAAUUUUCCACGGUGUAUAUUUUUUACGGAUAAAUAAAAUGAAAUUAUCUUUAACUUUACCAAGAUGUCUCACCGAUCAAACAAACCAUUCUGGCUAUAAAAAACAUUUGUAAUUUUCGAUACCAUUUUUUUUAAAUAGUAGAAGGUUGUAUCCAAGAUACAACUCUUUGUUCCUUGUUUAGUAACCCUAACGAGGGCAGUUUGCUGUUUGAAAUUGAAUAUGAUGCUGAUCGCAACCUUUGUGAUGCUUGUGCUGAGAAAAUAAAGGCAAUCUGACAACACACACUGUGAAAGUUGUUUUCACAGUUAGUAAAUUAAACGGCCGCAACAGAAUUUGAUUGCUAAGAUCCAGCACAGAAUGUGUUGUUACCGAGAUAAAGCAAAACUUCAUCCAGGGAACAAGGCCGAAACCCUUAACCGGCAUAUCGAAACGUUUGCUGCUACCACGCUACUACUGAGAUAUGUGAUUUGUUUAAGCCGAAAGCAAAUUCAGAAAGCCAGCUGAUACUGCCGAACAUUUUCACAAAAACGGGCAACCAACUCAAUCGAUCAUUUUUGAUUUGGCUGAAACUUUGCAUAGACGUUUCUAUAGGCAAAAGAUGCCAUUUUGUGCUAUUGGUUUAAUUUCUUUCAACACAACACGACUCAUUUCUGAAAAAUACUAUUUUGGGAAGGUAUUGAUGAUUACAAACAUUUUUAGGGUCAUAACGGUUUGUUUGAUCGGUGUGACGCCUUCGGCAAAGUUGUAGGUAAUAAUUUUGUCUUCCCGAAAAAAAUAUACACUAUAAAAAAAUAUUUAUUAACAUGCUGCCAUUAAAGUGCAUAUAGUGCUACUUGCGUGCAUUUUUCAGAGCUUGUUAAUUACCUUUCCAGUCAAAUCCAAAAAAAAAUGGAUUCUCAAAGUCGUUAUGAAACGACAGAACGACAUUCAUUCGUUUAAUCAUAUCAUCAUGAUCAAAUAUCUGGUAUUAGUUCGUUUUGGUACUGCAUUAACCUCAAAAUAAAAGCUUUUUUAGUCAAAGUUGUCCUCUUAUUUUUUAUCAAAACAAAAACAAUGAGGUGUUGAGAUCAAGGUGUCGACUGACUACAAACAAAACUCACACUAGUUAGAACAAUAAAUUCUCUCCAGCCAAAGAAAAAAAAUAUCCAAAAAAAAAGUGCUAAGAGAAAGUGUGACUUAAUGGCAAGUGCCAGCCACAGAAGGAAGCGUAGGUACAUCAGACGACUAUGCGACGGCAGCAGCAACCAAAACGUAUUCAAACGUUCGCCGAACGGGAUUGUGUUUCAAAGUUCGAAGUGAAGAGCUGUAACCGAUACUGUAACUUUAGCCAGUAGGUGACGGAAAAAGAAAAAACAAAUACUAACCAAAAAAAAAACAUAGAAUAGAAUAGUAACAGUAUGAUAACACUAAAAUGCCGAACGCAGCAAGUAUAGAAGGGUCACCCGGGUGGCUUGUUAUAGCAAGAAAGGAAGGAAGGUAGUAGGCAAAGAGAGGCUAUGAAGAACUUUAAUUAUUUACUGAGCCGGAAGCUGUAGAAAUCUUGGAGGGAGAUUUGAAAUGUAUAUUUUGUACCAUUAUUAAAUAAUUCCUUAUUGACGCUGCAAUUGAAAAGAAAAUAAAACACUGGAACAAAA